AUGCCCAUGAAAGAUGAAUUCGAACAAGUCGCAAAGGAGAAAGGUUUACAACUCGCCCAUGCUAUAGAAUCAUCAGCCCGGUCAACUUUCCCCAUCUUGAACAGCUAUGACGGAAACCGUUUACCCGGAAGCCAAUACUCGGUUGUUCGACACUGUCGCUCAUGCGUAUACUACCGGGGAAUAUCUACGACGAUUCCCAUUACUAUACUUGGACGAGUCCCCGUACCUCCUGAACGCAGAAUUUUGUUGCAAAGGAGGGGAUGGCGCACAGGGAUGUUUGGAUGGAAAACAGGCGCCGUGCUAGGGGGAAACUACGGGAAGGAUAUAGAUGUCACCCCGGAUCGGGUGGGAUUGUGGGACGAAGACGUCUUGCCAGAUCAAAGGAAGAAAAUCGACAGGGACCUGGAGCAGUAUAUGAGCGAGAAGUACGCUCCGGUAGACCAGGUAAUCCUGGAAACUGAUUUCAUUCGCAUUCCCGCGUCAUCAGGCGACGGGUACUUCAGGCUCGUCGUAUGUCCUCAUAAAUCUGCCCGUUCUAUCAUUGCUGCCACUGGAGCCUUUAGGCUUGCAUCCCUGUCUGCGGAUUCUGCUCAUAUUCGAGGGGCAACCCUUGGGAUGUUGGCCCCUGAGCUCGCACUGAAGCAUGCAUCAGGUACCGUCCUAUCUGCAGCUGAAGGGACCCUCUGCGCAGCAAGUCCCGUUGUCAAAUCCGUCGAGACGACUCCAGGAACAAAGGUGCUUGGAAAAUGGGCUUUGGAUAGUGGUUACCGACGCGUUGCUGGGAAGGAAACUCGAGCUCGAUACAAUUCUCUGGACGACGUCUAUCAUCAUUUCAUAGAUGAAAUUUAUGAUUCUAUUCCAAAAGUGAAUGUCGGUGUACGAACGCGACAUGACCUCGUAGAAGACAAAAAAAUAGGGAACGUUCUGGUUGACUUUCGUAGACGUUUGAAGGAAGCACAGCUGUCAGACACACCCAGCAUAGAAAGUUUCGAUGCCCGUAUAUUUCUCGAGCAUCCAAUAUCUCCUUAG